AUGAAUGUGCUAGCAGAUGGCAGAUUGUUUGUGAUCAAUGAUCUGUAUGGUUUUCUUAGCAAUAGGAAAGGGAAAGCAAUGGUGGAAGACACAGAUAUGCCCCUGAAGAUGCAGCUCCAGGCCAUGUCGACCACCUCCGAAGCCCUCGACCUCUUCGACGUCUUCGACUGCAGAAGCAUCGCAGCCCACAUCAAGAAGGUGCACAUCAAGAAGGAGUUUGAUAUGAUAUAUGGACCAGGUUGGCAAUGUGUGGUUGGAUCAAGUUUUGGCUGCUACUUUACCCACACAGAAGGGAGCUUCAUGUACUUCAGUUUGGAGUCUCUCAAGUUCCUCAUCUUCAAAGGAGCUGCAGCGUAGGAAACUAAUUAAUCGAUCCAAAAGUUUUUGUCCAGGGGGGUUUAUUGCAUACAAAAGAUUAAAACUAAUGUAUUUA